CAUCAUCUUUUUGUUAUCACUAAACACCAAUUUUUUCGCCAUUUUAUAGAUUUCGGUGUUCUCUCUGACUUCGGAGGAGAAAGAAAGAAAAAAUAUUCUUGUUUCAAACUUCAAUGGCGUUCUCGAGUUCUAUCUUCUCUGUUACUCAGUUUUCUUCUUCAUUAGCUACGCGACCUUCUUCUGCGAUCGGUAGGCAGACUCGUUUUCCCGCUCAAAUUGCUUCUCCAGAUCUAUCGCCUGCUUUGUUCGAUGAUCGCCGGAAGUUCGUCGGAGGUGUAAUGUCUCUCUUGACGAAGAGUAUAAAAAACCGUGUAUAUGCUUCGAUUAACAGCAUUGAUUCGGCCGCUACUCCAUCUUAUCCGAAAUCGGAAGAUGAUGACGACGUUGUUCCAAUGCCAAUGGUUAUGAUAGACCAGGAUGCUGACCCUGAAGCUACCAUUGUACAACUCAGUUUUGGAAAUCGUCUUGGGGCUCUCAUUGACACAAUGAGGGCGCUGAAAGAUUUGGGAUUGGAUGUAAUCAAAGGAACUGUCUCAACUGAAGGAUCCAUUAAGCAGACCAAAUUUUCUAUAACGAAACGAGACACUGGUCGGAAAGUGGAAGAUCCUGACUUGUUGGAACAAAUCCGAUUAACAAUCAUCAACAAUCUCUUGAAAUACCAUCCGGAAUGCAGUGAGCAACUUGCAAUGGGUGAGACUUUUGGAAUAAAGGCUCCAGAAAAGAAGAUUGAUGUCGAUAUUGCGACUCAUAUUAAUGUGAAAGAAGACGGACCAAAGAGGAGCCUGCUUGUCAUAGAAACAGCGGACAGGCCAGGUCUUGUGGUAGAGAUGAUCAAAGUGAUGGCUGACAUUAACAUAGACGUGGAAUCCGCAGAGAUAGACACAGAAGGACUGGUUGCGAAAGACAAGUUUCACGUAAGCUACCAAGGCCAAGCACUGAACCGCUCCUUGUCUCAGGUUUUGGUGAACUGUCUGCGAUACUUUCUGAGAAGGCCUGAAACUGACAUUGACAGUGUAGAUUUAGAUGACUACUCUGAGUAUUUACCACUUUCACAAGCGAUAAGCCACGGUGAUUUGGAAAGCGUGAAAGACUUGUUACCAGACGCAACAAUAAGAACUGUCUUUGAGGCGUCGUUGCUUAAAGCAUGCAGUUGCGGUCAGUUGGAGAUCGUCCAUGAGCUAUUGCAAAGAAUGACGAGGCCUGACCAGACGUUGGAUGAGAGGAUAGAGGAGACUCUUUUUCAGAGUCUGGCGCUCGAUAUUGUUGCUGGUAAUGGCAAUUUGGAGAUUGUCAAGAAAUUGUACGAAAACAAUUCCGAGCUUCUUGCACUAGCGCAUCCAGGUCCUUAUCGGCUAGCUUUACCGGUCGUGCGGGCAUCUAAUGGAGGACAUGGAGAGGUCACUCGUUAUCUUUACGAGAACACAGCUUUUAAUGUUUUGAUGCAUGAUGAAGGAUAUUGGGCUAGAUGUCUCCUUUUCGAUGCCGUAUUUUAUGGAUUUCUCGAUAUUGCGUUGGACAUAGUCCACAUAUUUCUCCAACAAGACCCGCCUCUGGCUGUGACUAUACAUCCACGUCAAAGAUCAUCUCCACUUAGGUUCUUGGCUACCAAACCUGAACUGUUUCGCAGCCACUCAUGUGAUCUUGGAUUUUGGGGACGCCUCAUGUACUCUUGUAUAGACUUAGAUUUUUUUACCGAUUCUGAGUCUUCGAGAGCAAACGCAUACCAACGUUUAUUUUGGAUGACACUUCAAGGUCUUCCUAAAUGGUUUGGAAUCAAGCAAAUAUUUGAGCUGAAAGAUAGACAUUCUAAAGCUCAUAACUUGCUACAAAAAAUGUGCGAACCACUACCAGUCAUGGUCAAGGACGAGAGUUGGAAAGAUACGGUCUAUAAUGCACUACUUGAAGCAGUGGAGUAUGGGAACAAGGAAUUUUUCAUCGAGAUAAUCAAACGUAACCCUCAACUUCUCUGGAUCUCUGAGGAGACCUCUGGUCGAAACCUGUUUCAGCUGGCCGUUGGAUUCAGGAAAGAGACGAUCUUUAACCUCAUCUAUGGUUUAGAUGAUAGAAAAGUAACUCUUCUUAGAUCUUACGACCAAGAACACAACAACAUUCUCCAUAUCGCUGCUCAACUCUCUUCUCCUGAACAGCUCUCUAAGGUUGCCGGAGCUGCUCUCAAGAUGCAGAGAGAGACUCAAUGGUUUCAGGAAAUAAAGAGCCUGGUGUCAGAACGUGAAGUAGUGGAAAAAAACAAAGAGGGUAAGACCCCGCGACAAGUGUUCGAAGCAUCUCACGAACCCCUACGAAAAGAAGCAGAGGAAUGGAUGAAAUGCACUGCCACUGCGUGCAGCUUUGUGGCUGCACUCAUUGCAACUGUCACAUUUCAAGCCAUAUUCACUGUUCCUGGAGGUACUCAUGAUACUUUGGGUGAGCCUCUUCUCCUUAGAGACUCACAUUUCAUGGCGUUCAUCAUCGUAGACGCGCUCUCUUUCUUUGCCUCUUCCACAUCUGUCCUCAUAUUCCUCAGCAUACUCACCGCAAGAUACUCUUUUGAUGACUUCAUUGUGUCACUGCCUAGAAAGAUGAUAUUGGCUCUAACCAUUCUGGUCAUCGCUAUCGCGGCAAUGCUUAUUGCAUUCACCACUGCGCUUUUCACGUCAAUGCGUCAAAAGCCAGUUCUUGUAAUCUCGGUGGUGCCCCUCGCUUAUCUCCCUGGCGUUCUCUUCUUGAUGAUGCAAUAUCCUCUUCUCAAGGAGAUGAUUUCGUUUACGUAUGGCAAAGGACUCUUCGACCGUGACACAACACGUUGGUUCUAAAGAAUAAUCAUGUGUAUAAGAAAAAUAUCUGAAACGC